AUGGAGCACACUCUGACUUGCAACAAUCUGAAAUGCAGGACUGAACUGGCGGAGAAGGCCUUGGUCACCACGUGCAGCCAUAUAUUCUGUCUCGAGUGUGCACAGCAGCUCGGCAUCACCGCUCAAAGCUCGAAUCGACGUAUUACCUGUCCAGCUUGCAGAGAAGUGUUAUCGAAUCCCGAUGAUGCUGUCAUCACCAAGCUCAACCCAAGUGAAGACUACAAAACGAGCGUCCUCAGCGGUCUAAGCCCCGAUGUCAUCAUGGAAUGCGCAGGACGUGCCCUCAGCUUUUGGACCUACCAAACGAACCAGGAAAUCUGUUACCAGCGCCAUCUAUACAAGACAUUGACCGACAAGUAUUCGGUGCUCAAUCUUCAACUCGACAAGACCGUUAACGAUGCCAAUGCGGAACUCGAGAGCCUACACCAGAAACACGAGACACUGACAGCCGAGUGCGAGGGCAUGCGGCGAAGAAACGAGGGACUUGUACAGCAGUACAGAGACAAGACCCGGCAAGUGCUACAGCUGCAGGAGGCGUAUGACAAGGUCAAGCGGAAAGUCGAAGUCGGCGAGAUCGAAAAGGCAGCUUUCAAUGCCGUGGACUCUUCGAUUCUACACGCCGCUCAGCAAGCUACGCAGACGUAUGAUGCACAUAAUUAUGCCCGCCCUCAGCAGCAGCCCGGGCAAGCUCCUGAUCAUGCGAGCACGAUGAAUUCUCGGCAAUCCCGUGCCCCCAACCUCGGACUAGGUUUUGGGAACCGUACAUGGGCUACACAGCGUGUGUCACCCCGGAUAGGUACGACUUGA